UAACGCUGUAUCAUUAAGUAUUUUUCUUCCUUUUUUACAAAGAUAUGACAAAACAAACUACGUCUCUAAAACGCUAUAUCUAUAAUUGAACGUUUUCCAGGAUGUUGGAAAAUCCUAAGCAUUUUUUUCCCCUCGAUGCUCAGCUGUCACCACUAGAUGUCGCCACCACACAACAGAAGAUCUUUAGUGACCAGUCAGAGAGCGUCGUGUUGCCAUGGAGAAAACUUUGUUGGUUUGCUCAACUAAUGGCUGAGUCAGUGGUUAGAGCUUUAUAUGGCAAAGCGACGUCCUUGAAUUUGGGCUCAAAGAAACUAAAAGACGCCCCUGAGUGUGUUCCCAGACUGACUUAGGUUCUCCUGCUGAACAACAACUGUAUCACCGCCCUGCCCGCCGAGCUGAUCUCUCUGCAACACCUGGUGGAGCUGAACUUGGGAAAUAAUGCCUUGAAGGAGGUCCCCGCUGUUUUGGGCCAUCUGGACUCCUUGAAGAACUAUCUGUUCAGCAACCAAAUCACAGUAGUUCCACCUGAGGUGAUAGGUGCUUUACGAAACCUUGUUGUGCUCAAUCUGAACCACGACCAAAUUCAAAGACUUCCACCAGAGACUAAAAGUUUGAGAGAGCUUCGACGUCUCAGUGCGCUGGACAACAAACUGGAGGAGCUCCCUGCAGAGUUGGGUCAUCUCACUAAACUGUCGGAGAUAAGCUUGACUUCCAACAAGCUGUCUCGGUUACCUCAGCAGCUGUGCCAGUGUAAAGACGUGACCGAGCUCCACGUGGCCAGAAACCAGCUGACCAGCCUCCCAGGGGACAUGAGAAAAAUGAGGAGAUCACUGAUGAUACCAGCGCACGCCGCUCUUUGUUCGUACAAGUGCUUCAAUGCAGACGGACACUCCUACUGUGGAGUUGCUACAAGAUGAAUACAAGUUUGUUAAAAAGCUAAUUGACGCCGGGAGGAAUAAAAACAGCACAAAUACAACAACAGCUCCAGACUUCACACAACCCGGACCAACAGAAAAGAGCAGCGUGAUUCAUCAUGCCCGCUUGUCCCCUUCCAAUCCAGCCUCGCCGACAACAGAUGGCCAUCUCUCCCACAAUGCCGAGCGGUCACAGAUGCCAACAGAAGAGGUGACAAACACUCUGCAGGUGUCUGUCCCUCUGCGUCUGUGGCAUGUGCACACGUUUGUGUGUGUGUGUGUGUGUGUGUGUGUGUGCGUGUGCGUGUGUGUGUGUGUGUAUGUGUGCAUGUGUGCACCAGGGGACAAAGAGCAUCUUUCUCGGAGAGUGUAAUUGAUAGCAGAGGACAACCUGCAGGAAGGAAGUGCCAUCGUAUGCUAAAUGGAUGGGCUGGCACAGACUGGCACAAACUGUUGGCACAGAUGCAGUAGAAGUUGACAUUACUCAUAAUGGAAACUUAUAUGAGUGUGUGUUUGUGUUUUCCCUACAAGUGAUUUGUAAAGCAUCGUUUACAGAAGCACAGAGAUCUGUAUGCUGACUACAGUUUGAACAAUGGCAAUGUCAUCUCUCACGCCCUAAAAAUAUCUCUGAUUCACGUUUUUUUUUGCAAAUGGUGUGUAUUUGUAACUUCUGUAACGCUAUAAAUUGAACCGUAGACACAUCUAGUAUCACUGCUAUCCAUGACUGCUUUUGCACUGCACUGUGCAAUCUGUUCCCUAGCCCUGUGUGCUGGCCAGGCCAGGUGUGGUGGUUGGCAAGGGCCAUCAGAGCCAGGUGAGCAAGCUGCUGGCCAGGUGCCCUCCAGAGGCCCGCUACACUGACCACAUACCAGAUGGCUGCGGAGCACCGGCAGGCAGGCAGGCUAGUACACGCACACACACACGCGCACACAUGCACGCACACGCGCACACACACACACACGCACGCACGCACACGCACACACACGCACACGCACCAGCACUCUUGUGUGCAGUAAAAAGGAGAGCAUUAGGAAACAUUGCAGCCCUCCAGUGAGUUUCAAAGUGAAAUGCUUAAUGUGUUUUUACUGUAUUUCUCGUCAAGCAGCUGAGGCAGAACUCAUGCACAACACAUAAUGGCUACAGUACGACCCGCUUCACCUCAGAGCUCACAUAAAUGUCACUCAUAAAGUCUCAAGCUGGACUAGAUCAGGAGGACAUUUUGAGGGUUUAUAGGACCCCGGUUUUGGUGCUGAAAUAAAUUCUUUGGCAUGUGAGUUAAGCUGCUAUUGGAAACAGUUGUCCGAUGUCCAGAGAGGUGCUACAAGCAAAUAAAUUAUGCUCAGAAAAUGCAUCUUUUAACUGUCGAGCUCUUGUUGUCUAUUUCAGAGAUUUUGUGUACAUUCACUCAUCUGCUUAAAAGUCAUUGAGUCAAAGUGGCUCACGAGCGACCAAAGACUUUACCGCUCACUGGCCACAGUCGUGUUGAACAUCAUAUGAAUGAUAUUUAAACAUAGCCUACAGCAUGUAAAGGCACAGUAAUUGUGUACCAGUAAUUUAUCAUAACUAGCCUCGCAGCUCCUCCGCUUCCACAAAGCCGCCCACGCCUGCUUUGGAUCCAGGGGUUGCUACAGAGCCCUGAAUCUCAGCCCAAAACUGAUUAGCCUGGCUCUUUGGGUUUGGGCUUGAUUCAGGAUCUAAUUCCCUCUGGCUCAAAUUAGGUCAGGUUUCAUUUUAUCCUUGCACCCCCCAACCACACACACACGCAUGCACGCUCGCACACACACACACACACACACACACACACACACACACACACGCACACAAAUUGUAGCGCCGUUUAUUUAUUUUUGUGAUGAAUUAAUGUCCAUUUUUAAAAUUAUAAUAUAAUAAUAAUUGUUCUGGUUAAAACAUCACCCAUACCAGGUCUUUACUGGGGUUAUUUCAGGGCACAGUUUCAAAACUUUCAAAUACUCCAUUUACCAUUGGGCCAAUUGCCACAAUCCACCAUAUCUGACGAGACCUGACAGUUAUUGAAGCUAAUGCCGUGACAGAACCUUUACGGCUUAUGAAAGUGUCAAGAACCUGUUUAAACGCAGAACACAUUUCAUUCAGGCUCGUAUUUCCAUAGCUACUGGUAUAUAUUAACACAGCAGUGUCUAUAAGACAUGAAAUACCAUAUAGCUGGCCUACAUACAUUACAUGCAGUCCAUAAUACCCAGCCAUCAUACAGAAACGAUGACAGUUUUUUUUUUUCCUGCAUUAACUGUUGGUUCAUAAAUCACACUUGUGGCCCGGCCCGGGAGAAGACAGAUUGGCCAUCUGUAAAUAUUUAUUCAGCAUCUCUAUAAUUAAACAGAGCCAAUGCAUCAUGUCAGGCAUACAUGUCUGAUGACUCCGGCUCGCAUACAGCACUGAAUAAUACAGUGUGGAACAACUUGGUCAAACAUUUGUUGUAGAUCUGUGGGAGGGAGAGAGAGAGACAGACAGACAGGGAAAGAUAGAUGAGUUCAACAUGUUAGGAUACUAAAGAAUGGAUUGAUGAAUGCAAGAUGUCAUUUGACAAAGAGCGAUAGUAGAAGAGAAAUCAACAGAUGAAAUGA